AUGAGUGGCUCCACCCGAGCCCACUGGCUGCAGGAGCUGCUGUGCCAGGGAGAAGAGCCCAGCCGUGUCCAGUCCAGCCCCGAUGGGCAGCACCUUUUGGUCCUGCAGAAGAGCCGGCCGCCCCCCCUGCCCCGGGUGGUGGCUUUCCAGCGUCACAGCAUCAGUGGAGCCGACCUGGAGAGGAACUGGCAGCCGCCCCAGCCAGCUCUUGCGGGACUGCUCUUCCUGCAGAGCCCUGUGACAUUGGGCUCCUGGGUACUGGCCAUUGUGUGGGAACACGGCCGGACCGAGGUCUGGCACUUCGUGGUGGCCCUGGGCUGGCAGCUGCUGCAGACACUGGAGCUCUGCCAGGGUGCCCGGGCACGAAUCAUCUCCGUGUGCAGCCAGGGAGCCAGCCUGGUGUGGUGUGAGGAGAGGCCUCCCCUGGAUGCCCACUCGGACAUGAGCAAGUGUGCCUUCAGGUUCUGUGUCUGCACCCGGGCUCUGGAGGUGGGGGACCAAGGCGUGCGGCUGGGCACUGUAAGGAUAGUCCUGCACAAUAGCCCUGAGUACCAGGUCCUGGCCUCCCCUCAGCACGUCUUCCUGGUGCCUGCCGCUGCCAGCUUUGCCACCACUUCGAAAUUCCUGCUCAUCUGGCAUCCCGAGAAGGCAAAGCUCACCAUCACAGCCCCCUCUGCAGGCUUCAUCCACAGCAAGGUGCUGCGCUCCAGCAGCGAGUCAGACUUCAGGAAGCUCCUGCUUGGUUCCGUGGGUCUUCUCUCAGGUUUGGCACCUCUGGACAUUCACACCUCCGCUGUGUCCGACAGUGAGGGUCUGCUGCUGGUGAGCACGAAGGGUGCUGUGAACAUGGUGGAGCCAGAUGGGACGCAGAGGCAUAUCUUUGACCUGGAGGGGGGCCCCCUGGCCCAAGGAAGUUCUGUCCAGCUGAAGACCUUUGGCAGCAUCCUGGCCUGCAUGCUGGCUGGGGUCCUGUACCUCGUCGACCAGAACAGUGGAAGGCUCAUAGAAAAGAAAAUCCUAAGCAUGAAAGAGGUGCAUUUCCUGGAGUCCCCGGGAGAGGAGGACAGCAUCCAGCUCCUCACUCAAACUGGCAUUUACGGCUUUAGUUUCUCCAAACCUGAGGACAGCAGCAGACCUGAGCCGUGCCUGGUGGAGAUGGUGUUCGAGGAGGCCUGCAGAUACUACCAGAGGAGGAGCCUCAGCAGCUCCAAGCUGACGGUGGAGAAGUUGAAGAAAGGUGGUGUGUUCCAGGCUCCUGUGGCCCUCGCUGCCAUCCUGCAGCACAGCCUCCGCCAGAAGCAGAAGCCAGCCCGAGGCCUCCAAGACACUUAUGCCAAGCUGUUGAGCACAAUGAGCCUGGAGCUGCAGAGCUACAUGAGCCUGGAGCUCCUCAAGACCUGUGUGGUGUGUGCACCAGAGAGUGAGGUGGAAAGCUACUGCGAGGAACUGGUGGAGCAGGAGGUCAGCCGUGUUCUGCACUCUGACAUGGACAAGGACAAUUUGGCCUACCUGAACUCCAUCUUUGCCUCCUUCCCCAAGGCUGCCUGGAAGGCCACGAGGAGCUGCCUGCAGCUGCAGCAGAAUGGGGACGGCCUCUUAGUAGCCAGGGCCACCCCGGAGGUGUGGAAGAAGGUCCUGGGAGGGCCACAGCAGGAGGAGGUGGGUCAGAAUGGGGUGGUCCCACUCUUUGAGCUCAUCUGCGCCUCCUUCCUGAGGUUCAAACCCAAGUGGUUGCCCAGUUUUGUGGAGCUGACCCAGCAGUACGUUAGCAUCUCUUGGGCAUACAGCAGCAAGGAGGGCCCAGAGGGCCGGGUGCCACUGUACAAGAGAGCACUGGGAGUACUGGCCAGGAAGAACAAGUGCAGCGAGGCGAAUGAUGAGAUGGAGCUCGAACUGCUGCUCUGCAGCAAGAGGCCUAAGGCCGUGCUGCAAGCUCUGCACCUUCUCAUCCGCCUGAAGCGGUGGCAGCGGGUGGUGGAGGUGGCAGAGAAGUUCUCCAAGCUCAGCCCCUUGCUUAACAAGGAGAUAUUCACCACGCUGCUGGCGGAGUUUGCCCAGCACCGGGAGCUGGACCCUUAUCUGGACACGCUGUGGCUGCUGUGCCCUGCAGAGCUCACCACCUCGGACAUCCUCACCGUGGUCCUGCAGCACCUCCCUCACUCCCAGGAGGACCCAGUGCCCUUCUCCAGUGAGGGGAACCAGCUGACUGUAGGCUUGCUCAAGCCGUUGCUGCAAAGGGUUGUGCAGCGUCCCUGUGUCCAGGACGAGAUGUACUCAGAUGCCUUGCAGAGCCCCACCUUCCCCCCUCCCACCCCACCCCGAGAGCACAAGAUCCCCUCAAAAGCCGGGGCUGAUGAUGCCCCUCAGCCACCCAUGGCAAGGACUUCCUCCCCCUCGGCACUGGUACGGAGUGACACUGCAUGAAGGGGAGAAGCACAAUGGGAUCCCAAGCCUUGGGUGCAUGAGGAGGGGAAAGCUGCAUCCUGCCCUGCCUGGCAGUAUGGAAGCCUGCUCCUUUCUGAAGCCUCCCUGUGGCAGCAUCUGGAAGAGUCCAUUGGGUGGCUGGGGUUGGGGGAUCUCAUCUGAAGCCAGGGCAGGCUUUCUGGCUAUUUCUAGCGAGUGCAAUUGCAUGUGCCCCAGUGGAGGAGCAAAUGCCGGGUGCAUUUGCAGAUGAAAGUGCUGGCUGCACUACAGGACUACAGAACUGCUCCCUGCCCAAAGCACUUUGGUUUUGGUUUGCUUGGCUCCUUUAUAACCUCACUUCUACUUCCCUGAUCCUCUAGGAGUGGUGGUGGAGUGGUGGGCAGGGACACACACGGUCUUUCCUUGCCCGUUCUCUGCUCAGUGGGUUGGGUGCUGCCUCCAAGCUCUGCCUGUGAGAAACUGGGAAUGUUUCUUGCAGUGGGGUCACUGAGUCCUGCUGCUUUGGGCUCAGUCAGAUGCUAAAUGCCAGCGUGGCACAGCUCCGUGUGACACACGCUGGCAGCUGCAGCACUCUACAUGCUGUCUCGCUGCAAUUCCUUUGGGAUCAGUCCUGUAGCUGUGACUGAUUGCAGCUACUUAGCUGAAGAGAGCAGCCUAAUUCCCUUAUCUCUCUAUCCCAGACGGUACCCGAACUCUCUUCUGAGCUGAGAAGCUGGCAGCAGCCUGUGCGAGCUUGGGGCUGGCCCUGCCUCUCCCUUUCCUUUGUGGAAGCUUAGAUUAUGCUGCAGGACGCCCAGGCCCUCUGUUCCCAUCUCUUCUACCUUUGCCCUUUGCACACAAAGGGGCUUUGUCAGGGUUGUCUGGCUCAUAUUGUGCCUCUGUUUGCAAAGUCAGUGUAACUUGAGAGCAGUUGUGCAGGAAGAUCCAGGUUCCAGCCUCUCUCCGGUGCUCACUGCCUGGCCCCCUCCUCCAGGAGAGAGACCCCAGCUGUGGCUUUGCCCCAGCCUGUGGGCUGUAGUGUGAAGGAACUGUCUCUUGCCUUGCCCGGCUGGCAGAGCCUGGCUGGGAUGGGAUGGGGGAGAUUCACCUGCAUUAGUCCUCUUGAGAGUGGGGUGAAGUGUGGA